AUGCCAAUCUGGCCGAAUAAUCGAUCAACCUUGGCUGUACUGAUAGUUCGCCAGCUAGAGGCACCCACCUCAGCGGCGUCGGUCUACGAAGAGCCGUCAUAUUCGUGUCUUUUUGAAAACGAAUGUAAUGUAGUGGAUGCGGAAGUUGUGCUUGGAUUUGUGAAUAAUGUCAAAAUAUUCAUUAAGGUAUGUACUCUUUACGGAAGUAAUAGUUCAUUCAGGUGA